AGUCUUUCUAGUGCAGUGUCGACGGUGCGUGUGUGCGGAAGUUGACUGCUGUCUACAGUGACUGACACCAGUUGCUGAUUUUCAGAACUAGCCACCCAACCCCUCGUUUUCUCUUUGGAUACCUUUUACACCUUUCCUACAUUAAUCAGCUUCCAGGAAAUAUAAAUAUUUCUAUAAUCCUGGGAGCAGUUGCUGUUCUUAUCCCCCCCCCCAUCACGAACAGCAGCGCCACCCUUCUGAAAUCCAGAUUCAACAGGUUUUCCUCUGAGCCGGACAUACUGAGAUUUUGUGUGUGGUGUUUUUUGUGAUUGGAUUUACCUUCAAUGAUUGACACUUGCUACUCCCUAGGGAUGUACUGAACUACAUUUCGUUCCCUGGACUUGUAGAAUCGAUUCAUCGUUUCCAGGCUUUUUUCCACUGCUGUUGGGCUUUAUAUAAGGAUUAUCAACGCCUUGAAGAUAUUCAGACUUAAAGAAUUUUAGUGACCUGUCUUCGAAUCAUCCUCUCAAAACAUAGGUGAGUGAUAUUAAUCUUACGAAGGUUUUUCACUGCUGACGGUAAUACGAGGAAGUGACGCUAUCUACGUCCUGGCAACCGCCAUGAAGAAGCGGCAGAAGCGGUGGUCUUCGCCGGUCAUACUCUUCCUCCUCCUGGCAGCUUCUUCCCUUGCCGCCGGCGCCACCACUAUCACCACAACAGAGGCCCCGACCUAUCCCUUCUUCGAAGAUCUCACCGUCGAGAAAUUCAACCACAUGACAGUCCACGAUUACACAGAGCGUGUGUACAUUGGCGCUGUUAACCGCAUCUACCAACUGUCUAGAGAUCUUAAGCAGGAAGAUGUUGCCACUAUGGGUCCCAAAGACGACAGUCCCAAGUGUCCUGUCACUCAGGUGUGCCCGAACGAACCAAAGCGCCCCACUGACUAUUACAACAAAGCUCUGGUUGUAGAUUACUCACAGAGUAAGCUCAUUGCCUGCGGUAGUCUCUUUCAAGGAACUUGCACAGUGCACGAUUUAAAUCAAGUAUCUAGCUACGAGACCCCGGCCAGCGAAUCGGUGGUAGCCAACAAUGCAACUGCAUCUACUGUGGCCUUCAUUGCGCCCGGACCUAAGAACUUGCCCAGAACCCACGUGCUGUAUGUAGGGGUGUCGUACACUGGCAACGGGCCUUACCGCUCGGAUGUGCCAGCUGUCAGUAGUCGUAGCCUGGAUCCAAGUAAUAUGUUUGUAAUCGCUCACAGCGGUGUCACUACAGGAACGAAGAUCACACUGAACAGCAUGUCUCGCGAGAUUUACCCCAUCACAUAUGUGUAUGGCUUUAGCAGUAAAGGUUUCUCUUACUUCGUCACUGUGCAGAAGAUGUCCACCGACUUACCCAGGCCCUUCAUUUCCAAACUGGUACGUGUGUGUCAACGAGAUGUUCAGUACUACUCCUAUACUGAGGUACCCCUGGUGUGCCGAACUUCCCCUGACGGCAUUGAUUACAACCUGGUUCAAGCUGCCUAUGUUGGUAGACCUGGCUCUGAACUGGCCAAAUCGUUAGGUAUAUCUGCCCAAGAUAACGUGUUGUUUGCUGUGUUUGCAAAGUCGAAGGACGAGGCAGACAUCUAUAACAAGCCCAGCCCUAAUUCAGCUUUGUGUGUGUAUGCUCUUUCCGCCGUGCACCGAAAGUUCACGCAGAACAUUCAGCAUUGCUUUAAUGGUUAUGGAGAACGUGGACUGGAUUUCAUCAACCCUAGUCAGCCGUGCUAUCCAACACAACUGCAAAUCAACGACGAGUUCUGCGGCAUGGACGUGAACACUCCCCUGGGCGGCAGUAUGGCUGUAGAGGCAGCUCCGGUUCUGAGAUUCUCCGGUAUUCUGCUGACUGCUGUGGCUGCUACCUCCACGCACGACUACACGGUCACAUUCCUUGGAACUUCUCAGGGUCACGUGAAGAAGGCUGUUGUGGAGACGGUGGUGAAGGCAUCCGAAUAUGCUGACUUGGUCAUCGAUGAGGGGAGUCCAAUCAAUGCGGACAUGGUCUUCGACAAAGCCAAAAACCACCUGUACGUCAUGACUGAAAAGAGGGUGACGAUGGUCAAAGUACAAGAAUGCCACAUGUUUAAAACGUGCAUGGACUGCUUAGGCGCCAACGACCCUUAUUGUGGAUGGUGCUCCCUAGAAAACAAAUGCAGUCUCCGAGGAGCAUGCGCAGAAGCUGCUCAAGAUCCCCUCUACUGGUUAUCUUACAAAAGUGGUCGCUGUACAACAAUAACAGAAGUUCAUCCUCCCCAGAUACAACGCACAACGGCACGGAUUCUGAAUUUAGUCAUUGACAAUUUGCCGGCUUUGGAAGGGCAGUUUUUCUGUGCCUUCUCUGCUCUUGGCAAAGUCCUGGUCAUGAAUGCUACCCGCUCUGCCAAUGGAGUGAACUGCGCCACGCCUCAUACGGACUCUCUACCCCCGAUACCUCCAGGGGAACAUCAUUUUACUGCCAAACUUUCAGUGAGGAUGAAAGUGGGACCUGACUUCGUAGCCACUAAUUUUACUUUCUAUGAUUGUAGCACAUAUACUUCAUGCACACAGUGUGUGUCUAGUGAUUUUCCUUGUGAUUGGUGUGUAACUGGUCACCGCUGCACUCAUGACACUGGUGAAAAUUGCAGAAAUGAUGUACUCGUUACCGGAGUGGCUAGUGUUGGUCCAAGUAUUCGAUCUGGUCCAGGAUUUUGUCCAAGAAUCAAUAAAACUGCAAAUGGAUCGACAGAAAUUCUUGUAGCAUCAGGCAUCAGCAAGAGGAUAUCUGUCAAAGUAGACAAUAUACAACAGCAUAUUGCAAGGAUGAGGUUUCUAUGUCAGUUCAACAUUGAAGGUCGUGUGAAGCAAGUGAAUGCUCAGCUAAUAGGGGAAAUCAUGUACUGUGAAGAAAUGGUGUUUUCAUACAGUACUCAGGCACCUAACAUCACCGCAGCUUUUGCAGUUAUAUGGGAUGUCAACAAGCCAUUUGAUAAUCCAGAAAAUAUACAUGUGCUUAUCUUCCGAUGUUCUGGUAUGGCCCAAAGCUGUGGUAUCUGUUUGGAACUCCCUGAAAAAUACAAAUGUGGUUGGUGUCAGGACACAGACAACUCCUGUGAAGUUUAUGAACAUUGUAACCGUCUACCAACAUUGUGGUUAGAUAGAAAGCAAACCUGUCCUAAUCCGCAAAUACUUUCAUUUUCUCCCAAAUCUGGUCCAUGGGAAGGUGGUACAAAUAUUACAAUUAAAGGUAUCAACCUGGGUCGAGUGUUUCAAGAUAUUGCCAAUAAUGUUCGAGUAAUACAUGAAGAUCGUAAGGUUAUUGCUGAGUGUGUACCACAUGAAGAGCUCUAUGUUAAGACAACACAGAUUGUGUGCCAUGUUGAGAAGCCACCCAAUUUGACUACAGGUUUGAUUAGUGGACCUAUGACGGGUUUUAUAGAAGUAAAAGUUCAGAACGACUAUACUGCUAGAUCAAGAGAACAGUAUUCUUUUGUUAAUCCAAGAAUCACAUCCAUAAAACCCAGUAAAGGACCAAAAUCUGGUGGAACUAUUUUAGAGAUUUGGGGUCUUCAUAUGGAUGCUGGAAGUCGUGCUGAGGCAUUUGUGGGUGCAUUACCUUGCAAUGUUACUAGCCGUGAUGCAAACAAAGCAGUUUGCAUUACUUCCGCUUCCAAAGAGACAGUACCUCAAACAGUGCGGAUCAAAUUCGAUAAUGGUUUAAGAGUUUUUGAAGAUUACAAAUUCUUAUAUGUUGAAGAUCCUUCAAUCACUUAUGUUGAAUCCGGAUCUACUGGACAAAGGGGUAUUCCUAAAGGCAUUCCAAGUGGUGGAAUAACCAUAAGUGUAAAAGGAACCAAUUUGAAUGCUGUGCAGUAUCCUUAUAUGUAUACAAUAGUUGAAGGAGAAGAAUAUAAUAGUAGCUGCAUUGUGGAAUCUCAAACCGAAAUGAAAUGUAAAAGUCCCAGAGUUCCAGCGGAAAAACUUGAUUUCUCAGGUGAUGAUAUGGAUGCUCAUCCCAUUGAAUUGGAGUAUGGAUUCAAAAUGGAUUAUGUGGCUCAAGUGCAGAAUCUCAGCUCUAAUCCAAGAUAUUCCAAAUUUAUGAUGUAUCCAGAUCCUAUUUAUUAUCCAUUUUCUGAAAAGAAUGGAAUCAAGUACUACAAAAGUGAUUACCUUACUAUAAAUGGAAUGAAUUUAGAUAGAGCUUCACAGGAAACUGAUGUAGUUGUUCGCAUAGGGACGAGUUACUGCAAUGUGACUUCACUCUCUCGUUCUCAGUUGACUUGCCGCCCUCCCACUACCCAACCUGCAGCAAGAGAUGCCAAUGGGAAACCAGAUCCCAGCAAGAUUCCUGAAGUGGUGGUUGAAGUGGGUGAUCAUUUGAAAUUUACCAUUGGCAAACUUAGUUAUGAAUUGCCCUCCAGUCAAGAUGCUACGCUGACAAAACCAGUGAUAAUUGGUGUGAUCACAGGUGCUUGCAUUCUGGUUGUAAUCGUCAUAAUUAUUCUUAUUGCUUAUCGUCGCAAAUCCACAGAGAGCAGUCGUGUUCUCAAAAACAUGCAGGAACAAAUGGAUGUUUUAGAGUUGAGGGUGGCCAGUGAAUGUAAAGAGGCAUUUGCUGAACUUCAAACUGAGAUGACUGAUUUAACAAGUGAUUUGACAACAGGUGGUAUUCCAUUCCUUGAUUACAGAACUUAUGCAAUGAAAGUGCUGCUGCCUAAUAAUGAUGACCAUUCAGUUCUUAGAGAUAUGCAGAUCGAUCCCAUUAAGAAACCUUACAUAGAAAAAGGCCUACGUCUCUUUGGACAAUUAAUAAUGAACAAAACUUUUCUGCUUCUAUUUAUACGUACUCUGGAAUCAAAUCGAUAUUUCUCUAUGAGAGACAGGGUAAAUGUUGCUUCUUUGAUAAUGGUUACUCUUCAGGGCAAAAUGGAAUACUGCACAGACAUUCUGAAAACAUUAUUAGCCGAGCUUAUAGAAAAAUGUAUGGAAGGAAAAAGUCAUCCAAAGCUUCUCCUAAGAAGGACUGAAUCAGUUGCAGAAAAGAUGCUCUCAGCUUGGUUUACAUUCCUUCUCUUCAAAUUCCUUCGGGAGUGUGCUGGUGAGCCUCUGUUCAUGCUGUACCGAGCCAUCAAACAGCAAGUGGACAAGGGGCCAGUGGAUGCCGUUACAAGUGAGGCUCGGUACUCUCUGUCCGAAGAGAAGCUCAUCCGACAAUCCAUAGAAUAUAAGAGCAUGACUGUCUAUGUUUCUAUGUCCUCCCAAACUGUCUAUGUUCAAGGCUUGGAGCCCCAUGGGGAGAACAUUGAGACUGCCGUCAAAGUUUUGGAUUGUGACACUAUCUCUCAGGUGAAAGAAAAGGCUCUUGAUGCUAUCUACAGAAAUACACAGUUCUCUCAGAGGCCCAGUAAAGAUGGACUUGAUUUAGAAUGGAGAGCUGGCAACUCUGGACGCUUGACUUUGUCAGAUGAAGAUUCCACUACAAAACCUGAAGGAGAGUGGAAACGACUCAACACUUUAGCUCAUUAUGGGGUUCCUGAUGGUGCAUUAUUAACCCUGGUGCCAAAGCAAUCAUCAAUGUAUAAUUUGACGAUAAUGACAGAUAAAUUGGAAAAGUCUCAUAAAUAUGAAACUUUGAACUUCUCUUUGAAAACUAGUCCUCCUCUUAGUCGAGCUACUUCUCCAAUGAAUCAUGAUCCAGAAGGUGGUUACAAGUAUUGGCAUUUAGUGAGGCAUCAUGAUGCUGAACAAAAGGAAGGUGAAAGAGGGAAUAAAAUGGUCUCUGAGAUUUAUCUCACUCGCCUAUUAGCUACAAAAGGAACUUUACAGAAGUUUGUGGAUGAUUUAUUUGAAACCAUCUUCUCCACAGCUCAUCGAGGCAGUGCCUUGCCAUUAGCUAUUAAGUAUAUGUUUGACUUUUUAGAUGAUCAAGCUCUUCAACAUGGAAUCACAGAUCCUGAAGUAGUACACACUUGGAAGUCAAAUAGCCUUCCCCUCCGAUUCUGGGUGAAUCUGAUCAAGAAUCCUAAUUUUGUGUUUGACAUCCACAAAUCCAACAUAGUGGAUUCGUGCUUGUCAGUGGUAGCCCAGACCUUCAUGGACGCUUGCUCCACAUCCGACCACAGGCUUGGAAAAGACUCUCCCAGCAGUAAGCUCCUGUAUGCUAAAGACAUUCCAGUUUACAAGGACUGGGUAGAAAGGUAUUAUAGAGAUAUUAAAAAUAUGGCAGCCAUUAGUGAUCAAGAUAUGAAUGCUAUGUUGGCAGAAGAAUCUAGGUUGCAUGCUCAUGAAUUCAACACAAAUGUAGCGUUGUAUGACCUCUAUGCUUAUGCAGUGAAGUACAAUGAUCAGCUCAUGCAGACAUUAGAAGAGGAUGAGUUCUCAACCAAGAACAAACUGCCAUGGAAACUUGCUCAGGUUCUCUCCAUCAUGUGCGGGGAGUCCGACGCAUGACAAAUGCCAGCAUUCUUAGUCAUUUAAACAUUCCAAUCACACUAUGACUCAUACAGCUGGUCUGAGAAUUUCAAUUCCUUGACUGUUUUUUUAUUGUCAGAAUAUCCAGUCACAAACUGCUACUAUGCUGGUUUAGAAACAUGUACAAAAAAAAAGUUGGAACUGAAUACAAAAGAAAUACACACAAGCAGUGGAUAUUCUUCAUUUUGAAAGGAAAUUUGUAUAAGUGUCAAACUAUUUACAUAUUGAUGUUGAAAACGUUUUUUUCACUAUUGGAAAUCGAUAUCUUUUCAGAACUUCAUCCUUCGCACAGGUACUUUUACCCAUGACUUUGUAUAUCUUGAGAUAAAAAAAAGAAUAUAUAUAAAAAUAUGUGUGAGAAUUUUACUACUAUUCAUCAAGACGUGUGCAAUUUAUUUAGAGACUAGAUAAAAAAAAGUUUUUUCUAAGAAGUGAAAUUGGUGUCUUACAAGCAGCUAAUGGUGCUCGUAGAUUCAGAAAACUUCUCGCAUGCGUGUGUGUCGACAGAGGCGGCAUUCGUUCUCCUGUUCAGUUGCUCCCUUUAUGUGGCUGCAUGGCAAACCAUGUGCGAAUGAGUUAACCAUGGUCUUGCAAAGGUAUUCAUUUUCUGUCCUGCAACACGUGCAGCAGCUAUCCUCCUGUUCAAUGCUCCUUGGUAAAUAUGGUGGCAUUCAGUUUUUCAGCUGCACAAUGAGAGAUACAGAAAAUGAUCCACCAGUGAAAGGCAACAUUCCAUUGAAUUUCAGAAGACGGAACGAUUCAAGAUCAGACAUCUUCAGUGCCUUGCAUUGUCUCGUCAGGCCACUGACUCAUUCGGAACCAGCUUCUGGAUUCAACCUUGCAGCUUCUUGUCCCUCCCACUCCUGCGAUGCCGUUCGAUGCCACUCUUCUUUGUGUCUUCCAGCUGAAGUUCUGCUUCUUCUGUGCCGUUUCUUUCGUUUCAUAGUUCCUUUAUUCAUUUGAACUACUGUGAUGCAUGUGCUGGUCGAGCUUCUGUUUUCUGCCUCGUGGCGCAAAGACACUGUCCUCCGAACGAUGAACCUGGAGAAAAGAGUGUAAAUAACAGCUACAAUCAAUGCCGCCUUGCGUAUAGCGGAACAUUGUUUCAAAUAAAAAAAAUAUUCUUGCUGCACUGUGAUACUCUGUAGUGUACAAAGUAAAGAAAUAUGGAAGCUGACUUGGUGCUGUACACAGCGGCUACCUCCGCAGUCGAAUGUCGGCUCGUGCAUAGAUGUGUUGUCAUUUAUGGUCGUCGGCUCUCUUGUUCCAUAUUUUAUAGAUAAUCAAAUCCAUCAGUGUUGUAUGUGUGUAAAAACUCAGUGAAAACAUUUUCUUCAAAGGCACUCUGUCCACGAUUCAUUAUUCUAAAGAUUAAACAAAAACAAAGAAAAAUUCCUAAGAGAGCUUAUUUUGCUCUGGCAGAGUUUUUAAAGAGCUUGUGCAUGUUUAAGAAUCUAGUUGUUGGAAAGUGUAAAAGAGUUUUUAUUUCUUGCAUUUUCUCACACUCCCAGAGGAAUGAAAAAUCUCUUUAGGUAGAAUGGAGCAUUUUUAAAACAAAUGAUGAUAAUAUUUAUGAGCUUGUCCCCCCCUUUAAUCUUUUGCUUAUUGUUUUGAAACUGAUCUUUUUUUUAAGUGAUAAAAUGUUUUUCACUUUUUUUUUUUAAAAUAAAAGUAAAAAUAAGAUUCUAAUGUUUAUUUUUUUUAACUAACCCUUUUUAAUACAAUUUUCUUUCCAAGCUGAUUUUCAUUUGACAAUACAUUUACUAUUCUCCAUUGUAUCUACAGAGUUUGUUCCCUGUGGUGUCUAUCUUUGAAAGUUUAAAGCACUCGGCAGUUGAUUGAUCUCCUUUCUGUAGAUAAAAAUUUAGAUCUUGUCGAAGCAUGGCUUAAUGCAUUUGUUCUAUUUGUAUAGCCUUUUUUUUUAUGUUCAUCAUUUUAAAGCUGAUGAAAGAAAUGAUGCCCAUUUCAUUCGACUUUUCGGGUAUUGUCUUUUCAUUAAAUCUUUAUUUGCAUGUGCUAUGUACAUUUUAAGAAAUCGUACAAGAUUUGAAGGUUUUAAAUUAAAUUUUUGGGUUUUAUAUAUUUUGUUUAGAGUUGCAUUUCUUUAUUGAAAGAAGGGUAUUUUAUCCAUUUUGUUCUAUUUAUUCUAAUUUCUUUAAUUGCAGUUAUUUAAUAAAUAAGCCUCUUCUUUUUGAAAACAGCAGUAUUAAUAACGACUGAUUGCCAAAUUGAUAGUAUGUUUGUGACAUAAAAUUGGAAGUCAAGUAACUGGAAACUUUUUUUAAAAGAGUGAAAACCCCUUUUUGUACUUUUUAAUAUUUUUUAUCUUGACGCAGUAUGGUAAUAUAGCUAUUUGAUCAUUGGAAUAAAAUCUUUUGCACUUUAUGUUUGCAUGCUUUUUUAAGUUCUUGCAACAUAUUUCUACUACAAAUAAGCAAAAAUUAAGUGCAUUGUUUUAUGCUACAUGAAUGAAAUUUCUACUAAUUAAAAUUUACAAAUUAAAUCCAAAGUGAAUAUAUAUAUAUAUAUGUCUGUAUGUAUAUGUUGUGAAUCUGCACAACAAAGAUGUAAAAAAAUAAAAUCACUUUUAUGUACUUAUGAAUCAAACAUAAUUCUAUGUAAGGAACAAAUUGAGAAUGCAUCUAUUGUAUCUUCUUGUAUUCGUGUUGGUAUAUGCCAAGCGUGCACCAGCUCAUUGUUGUAAAUUUGCAUCAAAGUGGGCAUGCCAUUGCACGCUUCAUUUUUUUAAUAAAAGAAAAGUAUCAUA